UCUGAGAAAAAUGGCAAGUAUGGAUAGUGAUUCUAGGCCUCUUAUCCCUGAAGUAGACCUUGAAGUAAAUCCUGGACCCAUGAAUAUCCAGUUUGAUUCAUCAGAUCUAAGAUCUAAAAGGACUGAAAAAUUAAAUUAUGGCAUAUUCAUACAUGGAAUACUUUUCAUCUAAUACAAAGGAGGUGGCUUUAUGAUAUAUCAAAAUGGAACCACUCUUCAACUUAUUUUGUUAAAAGAGAAAAAGAAAUGCAGAACAGUAUGUAUAGUAUGCCACCAUUUGUGUAAAAAUAAAUCACUACAUUAUAGACAAGACAGUAUGUAUAAAUGAAGGCUGGGGGAAGAAAUAGAUGACUAAGAAACUGAACAGCUGAGGUAAGGUAGCUUGGUGAAUAGUGUUGGUAGAAACCCAACACCUAUUCCAUUAUCGCUGUCAUUCCCUAACAGCAGAAUCUAGUGUAGUUAAGUGUUGCAGCUGUUUCCAGCCUAGGAGAUAAGAAAGAUUGCUGUGAGCUGAUUGUAAAGAUAUUGUUACCAUGGUAGUGUGAAGUUUAUCACACAAGAAAUUUAUCAUUGCCAUUAGUAGUGGCUACUAGGAGAAAUAAGAGAAAUUGAUAUUUGAUUCUCGCUUGUAUAAUCCAAUAUUAGUGAAUAUAAGUGCUGACUGGAUGCUUAGAGUUCUCUUGAAACUUCUAAGUUCUGUGAUAAAUAAUUGACCACUAUGACAAUAGAACAUAGGUCAUUAAAGUGCAUUCCAUUACGAUAAGUUGGCAGGAGUUCAUUUCCUUGACAAUUUAAUCUAACAGGGUAGAGUAAAUGGAAAUACCUUUUCUAUAAUGAAAUUUGUCAAAAGAAGGAAUCCGCUAUUUUCAAUCCUGGCGUAACUGGUAAGCAGGCACUCAACAUCUCGAUGAAAACGGUUGGAAAAGAAAAACUUUCAAAGUCAUUCUGUUCUCAGAGUACCCAAGCCAACUAAACUGGUACAAUUAACGCUUCAGUCAGAGGCAGGAGCCAAGAAAUCUAGCACUUCCCAGACAGCUUUUCAGCAGACCUUCAAACCAACCCAGAGACGGGGUUACUCAUUGAACCUGGAGCUCAUCAUUUGCCCUCAUUGGCCAGCCAGUGAGCUCCAGUGAGUCACUUGUUUCUGCCUCCUCCCCAGAACUGGGCUAAAUGCAUGGCCUCUGUGCUUGUCUGUGUAUGCUGGAUAUGGAAAUUCAUUUCCUCAAACUGUGGCAAGCACUUUACACCCUGAACAUAGCCAUAUCCCCAGAUAUCAAUAUUUUUACAUUGCCUUUAAAGUAUCACUGCCUUUAAGUGUCAUGGUGGAAAUAGAAUUAAUAUAUCACAUCAUAACACUUUAGAGAGAGUGGUAAUUAUACUAGGCAUAUGUAGAAGUAGUGAUUGUUUAGCUUCUUACCCGUUUAUUUUCACUGUAUCCCCUUAAAAUUUAUGGAUAGCACUUAAUGCAUUUGCCAGUAUAUUUGAUAUAUAAUAUGUCAUGUUGAUCUCUCUGCCAUGCAUUUGCUUUUAUAAGCACUCUAGCCACUAUUCAUUAAAUUGACUAGUUGAUACCUUUAUUUGGAUGUUGUCAUGGAGAAUAAAUAGCAAAUGACUCAAAGGUUCUGUAUGUCAGAAAGAGAAUACUAAACUCAACACCUACCAUAUCACAGAGUUUGUUAGAAAAAUAGCAGAAAUCAAAGUUUCCUUCACUUGGAUUUUCAGUUGUACCCACAAGGUUAGAUCAACAGUCUCCCAAGUCAGUCACCAACUUCAGUGUGUCACAAGCUUCUCUCAGAACUGGGAGUGCAAAAGAGCCGUGUGAGAGUAGGAUUGUCUCUUGGGGUUUGGUUUUCAUUAUUCUUCCCAGUGUAGAAGGUGAAAGAGUAACAGCCACAGUUGGAGACACAGUGUUAUUUCCCACUGCAAAGGGUCUGCGACUUGGCAGAGGAAGGCAAUGCUCCAUGCAAUUCUACCUUGUCCAAUUCUAUUUGGACUGUUUAUUGCUGAAAACUUAGAAGGCACAUGAGGGACUUUCAGAAAGACACUAAGGGGCUGACUGGAGAUGCUGGUUGAAAGCCAGAGUCUGCAGUUCAUCAGGACAUAGUUGGGGAGGAAACAAACACACACAUAAUAGGUAGCAGAGUAUGUUAGCAAGGCCCAAGGAAAGUAAGUGAGGCACAGUCUCUCUAGCGCCGCGAUGCGCCAUUUGACCCGCUGUGGAUAGUCACACAAAGGAAGAGGCUGAUUAGGACAUGAACCCAGAAGCAGGAAUCCAUUUGACCCGCUGUGGGUAGGCAGGCAAAGAAAGAGGCUGAUUGGGACAUGAACCAAGAAGCAGGAAUCCAUUUGACCCGCUGUGGGUAGGCAGGCAAAGAAAGAGGCUGAUUGGGACAUGAACCAAGAAGCAGGAAUUUUGUUUGUCAAAGGAAGUAACUUUGGCUUAUAGAAGGAGUUGAAGAAGGAGUAGAGGUUCUUCAGUAAAAGGACAUUUUUGUUUAUAAUUUCUCUGAUAUGGUGCCAGAAGUAUUUUAAAAGACUAAUCAAAGCUGUUUCUAUCUAAGCCACACUGUUGGAGACCAACAGCUGAUACAUUUUGUUUUUCUUUGCUAUAUUUUUCAUUAAUGACUUCUUAAGCUUAUUCCCCUCUCUCUACUCUGUUGCUAAACCCCUUAAGAUUCAAGUGUGUUUAAAGAAAAAGCAUUAUGAGACAAAAGCUGUAUUCUGUGGGUAGGAUAAUACUUCUUUUAUGACACUUUCUUUUCCCACCAAAAGUGAGAAGUGAAUGCCUUGCCUUUGUGAAUCCCAUUUCAAAUGGAGGACAAGAAGUUAUUCUCUGCAAUGGCUGACUUCCAGAAUUUUUGCCUGAACGUUUUUUGUCAAGUAUAUAUUCCCUUCUUUAGGCCUUUCUAUAUAGAGCCUACAAACAUCGUCAAUGUGAAUGAUGUCAUUCAGAGGGUUAGUGACCAUGCCUCUGCUAUGAACAAGCGGAUUCAGUACUACAGCCGGCUCACCACUCCUGCAGACAAGGCACUGAUUGCUCCAGACCACGUCGUCCCAGCUCCAGAGGAAUGCUAUGUGUACAGUCCACUGGGCUCUGCCUAUAAACUUCAGAGUUACACUGAAGGCUAUGGUAAAAACACCAGCUUAGUAACUAUUUUUAUGAUUUGGAAUACCAUGAUGGGAACAUCUAUACUAAGUAUUCCUUGGGGCAUAAAACAGGCAGGAUUCACUACUGGAAUGUGUGUCAUCGUGCUGAUGGGCCUUUUGACACUGUAUUGUUGCUACAGAGUGGUGAAAUCACGGAGUAUGAUAUGUACUUCAGACACAACUACCUGGGAAUAUCCAGAUGUCUGCAAACAUUAUUUUGGCUCCUUUGGGCAGUGGUCGAGUCUCCUUUUCUCCUUGGUGUCUCUUAUUGGAGCAAUGAUAGUUUAUUGGGUUCUUAUGUCUAAUUUUCUUUUCAAUACUGGAAAGUUUAUUUUUAAUUUUAUUCAUCACAUUAAUGACACAGACACUGUACUGAGAACCAAUAAUAGCAACCCUGUGAUUUGUCCAAGCGCUGGCAGUGGUGGCCAUCCUGACAACAGCUCUGUGAUUUUCUACAAUGACACAGAAGUCCAGCAGUUUGAAAAGUGGUGGAAUAAGUCCAAGACAGUGCCCUUCUACCUUAUAGGGCUCCUCUUGCCGCUGCUCAACUUCAAAUCUCCUUCGUUUUUUUCCAAGUUUAAUAUCCUAGGUACAGUGUCGGUCCUCUAUUUGAUUUUCAUUGUUACCUUGAAAGCUAUUCGCUUAGGAUUCCAUCUGGAAUUUCACUGGUUUGUGCCAACAGAAUUUUUUGUACCAGAGAUAAGAUUUGAGUUUCCACAGCUGACUGGAGUGCUUACUCUUGCUUUCUUUAUUCACAAUUGUAUUAUCACACUCUUGAAAAACAACAAGAACCAAGAAAAUAAUGUGAGAGACCUGUGCAUUGCUUAUAUGCUGGUGACACUGACUUAUCUCUAUAUUGGUUUCCUGGUUUUUGCCUCAUUUCCUUCACCUCCAUUAUCCAAAGAUUGUAUCGAACAGAACUUCUUAGACAACUUCCCUAGCAGUGACACCCUGUCCUUCAUUGCAAGGAUAUUCCUGCUGUUCCAGAUGAUGACUGUCUACCCACUCCUAGGCUACUUGGCUCGUGUUCAGCUCUUGGGCCAUAUCUUCGGUGACGUUUAUCCUAGCAUUUUCCAUGUGCUGAUUCUUAAUUUAUUUAUUGUGGGAGCUGGAGUGACCAUGGCCUGUUUCUACCCAAACAUAGGAGGGAUCAUAAGGUACUCAGGAGCAGCAUGCGGCCUGGCUUUUGUGUUCAUAUAUCCUUCUCUCAUCUACAUAAUUUCCCUCCACCAAGAAGAGCGUCUGACAUGGGCUAAAUUAGUUUUUCACAUUUUCAUCAUCAUUUUGGGCCUGGCAAACCUGAUUGCUCAGUUUUUCAUGUGAAAACUGUGUUCUCAAGAUUUCUCAUGGUAUUCUGAACCUUGGCAACGGUUUGCAUAAAAGAACUUGAAAAUGC